CCAAUUUUGUUUCUCUUCCUGUCUCCCCCUUCCCUUCCUCUCUCCUUCCUCCUUCUGUCUUUUUCUCCCCUUCUCCUUCCUCGCCCCACACCCCUUCACAUCGCUAUCACAUUGCUUCCUGCAGGGAGGAGACCCUUCAGCAAUCGCAUCUGCUCCUUACCACCACCAAGCCCUAUCCUCCUCUUCCUCCCUCUCCUCCCGUCCUCUUCCCUCCACCUCCACCACUGCCAAAAGUAACGUCGCCACUGCCACUUCUGUUCCCACCCAAGUCCCAACCACCACCAAUGUCUCUGCCUCUGCUGCCACGUCAUCCGUCCAUGCUCUGGCCAAUGGAAUCACGCCACGGGUCAGCAACACUGAUGACGUGGCAGGACAGGCGCGCGAUGUGUCGAGGAGGAGAGCUGACGUGGCAAGGGAGAGUGCUGGGAGAAGGGAAUCUGUGCUGGUGAUUGGAAGUGACGAUGGGGCCAGUGCUGUUGGCAAGGGGAUUGGUGGGAUCAGGGGGGUCUUGAGUGAGGUGGAGAGCAGUGCAGGGGAGAGUAAGGGGGAGAGUGCGGAGGAGAGUGGGGGGGACAGUUUGAAGGAGCUUGCAGCAGCACAGAUUGCAGAUGUUGAGGAGAUUCGGGAGAUUGUUCAUCGUGUUCAGAGGUCAGGAAAAGGAGGUGGACGGCACUUACUGCAACAGGAUGGCCGUCAGCUUUCUGAUGGAGAUGGACGGCAAGCAGGCGGGUUCCGGUGGGAGGAGGUGGGCGGCGAGGCUCGUCGCGGAGUGGUGUGGUGGAUGCAGCUGUCGGACGUCCACGUCAGCGUGCACGUGCCAUCAAGAGCCAAUGAUCUCCUCGUGCACCUCGUGCCAGCUGUCCGCGUCAUAGCGCCUGCUGCGCUGAUAGUGUCUGGGGAUCUCACAGCUUCUCUAUCCUCCUUGAUAGAAUUCAAGACAUCCCUGUUGCUGUCUGAUUCCGUGUUCCCUCUUUUCCCCCCUCCCCUCCCCUUUCCUCUCAUUUCAUCCGCUUCAGAAUCAAAGAACCGCCAGCGCACAACAACAGCACAGAACGAGUCAGAAUGGUGUGCAUACUCCAAAGCAAUGCACGCCCUCAGCACAGCAAUCAACUCCGCCCACCCGCCCUCCUCCCCCUCUCCACCGCUCUCCCUCACCUCUCAAUCCCAACAAACCGAACAUACUCAGAAUAUUUCCCCCAGCCGCCCCUCCUGCGCCCCUUUCCCCCGGGUGCUGGAUUUGAGGGGCAAUCAUGAUGCUUUUAGUGUGCCGAUUCGGGGCGGCAAGGGGGAUUUUUUUGGGCGGCAGAGUGUCAGCGCGCAGUGUGGGAGAGGGGGAGUGCAGGGGCUGGUGCUGCGGCCCUUUGAAGCAGACUCGGGGAAAGCAUCCCCAUCCCUGCCCAUCCUCCUACUAGGCAUCGACAUUGCGCCCCCUUCCAACUCAUAUCCCAACCCUCCCUGCCCUCUCCGCAACUCAUAUCCCAACCCUCCCUGCCCUCUCCGCAACUCAUAUCCCAACCCUCCCUGCCCUCUCCGCAACUCAUAUCCCAACCCUCCCUGCCCUCUCCGCAACUCAUAUCCCAACCCUCCCUGCCCUCUCCGCAACUCAUAUCCCAACCCUCCCUGCCCUCUCCGCAACUCAUAUCCCAACCCUCCCUGCCCUCUCCGCAACUCAUAUCCCAACCCUCCCUGCCCUCUCCGCAACUCAUAUCCCAACCCUCCCUGCCCUCUGCAACUCAUAUCCCAACCCUCCCUGCCCUCUCCGCAACUCAUAUCCCAACCCUCCCUGCCCUCUCCGCAACUCAUAUCCCAACCCUCCCCGCCCUCUCCGCAACUCAUAUCCCAACCCUCCCCGCCCCCCCCCCCCUCCACGCCAGCAUCCCCAACUCCGCCCAUCCUCCUGCUAGGAAUCGACAUUGCGCCACGGGUCGCCAUACGAGGACCCUCCACAUCCCCAUCCCCUCCCAUUCUCCUACUAGGCAUCGACAUUGCGCCCCGGGUUGGCAUCAGAGGUCCCUCCAAUUUCUUCGGCCAUCCCACCACGUCUGACCUGGACGCACUCGAUUCCGCCCUCAGCCAAUGGGAGGCCGCCACGUCAGCGCUUCCAGCCACCCCUGCCACGUCAUCCUCAUGGAACACGUCAGCACAGGGGUGGCACGCCGUGGGUGGUGGAGGGAAGUGGGAGGGAGAAGGGGACGAGAGGAGGGGGCGGCAGCUGGGUGGAAGGGCAGGGGGUGGGGAAGAAAGGCGCAGUGCAGCCGAUGUGGGGGGGGUUGGAAAUGGAGGGGCAGCAAGCAGUGGUGGUGCAGGAGUGGAGAGCGGUGGAGCGGGGUUGUGGGAGUGGGAGGUGGGUGACUGGCGCAGCAACAGAGUGGUUCGCAUCCUGGCCCAUGACCCGCUGACUGGCCUUCAAUUCACCGACUUGCAGCUAUUGAGUCCCACCCUCCAUCGAGAUAGUGCUGAUCCCGUCACACUGGGUAAGGAGGUGAAGUGGGGAGCGAGUUUUCCCGGGGACCCAUGGUGGUGGCACGGCAGCCAGUGGUGCUGCUCACUUGCCCGCGCAACGCGCACUCCUCCAAUUUCUAGCUCUUACCCCACCCUACUCUCUUCUGCCCCACCCCCUACUCUCUUCUGCCCCACCCCCUACUCUCUUCUGCCCCACCCCCUACUCUCUUCUGCCCCACCCCCUACUCUCUUCUGCCCCACCCCCUACUCUCUUCUGCCCCACCCCCUACUCUCUUCUGCCCCACCCCCUACUCUCUUCUGCCCCACCCCCUACUCUCUUCUGCCCCACCCCCUACUCUCUUCUGCCCCACCCCCUACUCUCUUCUGCCCCACCCCCUACUCUCUUCUGCCCCACCCCCUACUCUCUUCUGCCCCACCCCCUACUCUCUUCUGCCCCACCCCCUACUCUCUUCUGCCCCACCCCCUACUCUCUUCUGCCCCACCCCCUACUCUCUUAUGCCCCACCCCCUACUCUCUUCUGCCCCACCCCCUACUCUCUUCUGCCCCACCCCCUACUCUCUUCUGCCCCACCCCCUACUCUCUUCUGCCCCACCCCCUACUCUCUUCUGCCCCACCCCCUACUCUCUUCUGCCCCACCCCCUACUCUCUUAUGCCCCACCCCCUACUCUCUUCUGCCCCACCCCCUACUCUCUUCUGCCCCACCCCCUACUCUCUUCUGCCCCACCCCCUACUCUCUUCUGCCCCACCCCCUACUCUCUUCUGCCCCACCCCCUACUCUCUUCUGCCCCACCCCCUACUCUCUUCUGCCCCACCCCCUACUCUCUUCUGCCCCACCCCCUACUCUCUUCUGCCCCACCCCCUACUCUCUUCUGCCCCACCCCCUACUCUCUUCUGCCCCACCCCCUACUCUCUUCUGCCCCACCCCCUACUCUCUUCUGCCCCACCCCCUACUCUCUUCUGCCCCACCCCCUACUCUCUUCUGCCCCACCCCCUACUCUCUUCUGCCCCACCCCCUACUCUCUUCUGCCCCACCCCCUACUCUCUUCUGCCCCACCCCCUACUCUCUUCUGCCCCACCCCCUACUCUCUUCUGCCCCACCCCCUACUCUCUUCUGCCCCACCCCCUACUCUCUUCUGCCCCACCCCCUACUCUCUUCUGCCCCACCCCCUACUCUCUUCUGCCCCACCCCCUACUCUCUUCUGCCCCACCCCCUACUCUCUUCUGCCCCACCCCCUACUCUCUUCUGCCCCACCCCCUACUCUCUUCUGCCCCACCCCCUACUCUCUUCUGCCCCACCCCCUACUCUCUUCUGCCCCACCCCCUACUCUCUUCUGCCCCACCCCCUACUCUCUUCUGCCCCACCCCCUACUCUCUUCUGCCCCACCCCCUACUCUCUUCUGCCCCACCCCCUACUCUCUUCUGCCCCACCCCCUACUCUCCACUGCCCCACCCCCUACUCUCUUCUGCCCACCCCCUACUCUCUUCUGCCCCACCCCCUACUCUCUUCUGCCCCACCCCCUACUCUCUUCUGCCCCACCCCCUACUCUCCACUGCCCCACCCCCUACUCUCCACUGCCCCUGUCCUGUCCCUCCAGGCCCCAUGGUGCUGGCACGGCAACCAGUGGUGUUGCUCACUUGCCCGCCCAACGCUCACUUCCUGCCACCAUCACAGCCCAAGAGCGCGGGAGCAGGAGAGGGAGGGGGAGAGGGAGAGGGAGAGGGAGCGGGAGCAGGAAGCGGGGAGCAGGUGGCAGCAUGGGUGGCGGGGGGUGAAAUCCGAGCGCUUGUCUUUUCCCUGCCGCCCAUCCUGAACGUCUCUGCCGUUGUCUAUCGCGAGCGGGAGCCGGGUGGCGGCGUGGGUGGCAUUCUGGGUGGCAUCUUGGGUGGCGUGGGCGGCAAAAGGAGCGGCGUGCAAGUAGUGCGAGUGGAUCUUAAGGGAGAAAGUAGCCCGUUAACAACAGGUGCAGAGGGCAGGAGGAGUGCUGGUAAUGCUGGUAACGGCGUGGGGAGUGGAAAGGAGGUUGAAGUGGAGAUAGUAGAGGAGGUGAUUCUAACAAGGGAGGAAGUGGAGAAGGGAGGUAAUAAAGAGGACGGCGCUCGCCGCCCGUCUCCGCUCUUCUGGGCGGCGUGGGACGCGUCGAGAUACACUCGCCCGCCCUUCUCUCCCUCCUCCCGCCUCUGGCUUGCCGUCCGGGUAUCGUACCGCACUCCUCCUCGUGAUGCUGCUGCUGCUGCUGCUUCAGCUUCAGCAGAGAGGGGUGUCUCAGUGUACACGUCUCCUGCACAGCCCUUCACCGCAUUCAACCGCGCUGUACCGUUCCCCCACACGUGGCUGGAGCGGACCAUUAUGGGAACAGACUGGGAGGAUCUCUGGCCCUUCGCUAUUGUCACACCUCUCCUCUUCCUCGCUCUCAUGCUCCUGGGGUCUAGGGCUUUGUCGUACCUCAUCCCCCCUCCCUCUUCCCACUCCUCUCCCUCUUCUCACACUUCUCACACUUCUCACUCCUCCCAUGCCUCUCGCCCCUCUCACACUCCCUCCCCCCACCCUCUGUCCACCACCCCACCCACAGUCACACAACCCCUCUCUUCCUCUCCCCUAUCCCACCGCACCCCCUCAUCCUCCCAUCUACAACCCUUCUCCUCCUCUCUUUUCAUUCUUGUGAAACGCCUCCCUUCCGCCCUCCUCGCCCUCUUACGUCUCUUACUACACAUCUACCUCGCUGCAUCCCACUCCACCGCUUG